AUGGCAUGGUCAGCUCUGCUUCGUAUGACCAUUGUCAUGGAAGGUUAUGAUACAACCUUGAUCAAUAGUUUCUAUGCCUUUCCCGUAUUUCGGCAGUCUUGUGGUGAGCAAAUAUCACCUGCGUGGCAAUCCGGUCUCACCAAUGCAGCCGCCGCCGGCGAAAUCCUUGGCCUGAUAUUCAACGGCUUCUUGACAGAUCGAUUUGGCUACCACAACACAAUGGUCGGCACUCUGAUUUGGAUGUCUCUGUUUGUCUUUCUCUCCUUCUUCGCUAUCAACAUCAGGAUGCUUUUUGCUGGCUAA